AUGGGAGGGGACAAAACAAAAGCUCGAGCAAAAGGAAAAGGGAAAGCAACUUCUUCAAAUUCUCUAAUUGGAACUGAGCGGGUCGCCAAGGAGAACGUGUCUGACUCUACACUAGAGGAACGGUUCUCUGAUACAAGAGGUCGAAGUCGAACCAAUAGCCGUGCGCGCAGGACACAUAGGACACUUAAAUGGCACGCACUAACGUGUAUAGGGACCAAAAGAGUUAGAUUCCGACUUCCAGAAUUUGACAUCAAACUCACUGAUUUUUUUUUUAAAAGGUGA